CAUCCCACUCAUCCUACCCAUCCAGCUUUUUCCAGUCAUCCUACUCAUCCUAGUUAUCCAAGCCAACUCAGUUGUCCCACUCAUGUUAGUCAUCCAAGUCACCCUAGUCACUCCUGUCAUCCCAGUUACCCUAGUCAGAUUUCGCAUUAGAUUGCAAAAUCUGAAAUCUGGAUUUCCCACUCAAAUGCAACCCUAGUCUCACUUGUCUUUCCUGUCAUCUUACAAUCAUGGACAAAAGUCUUGGGACACUUUUGUAUUUCUGGGGCAUUUUCCAAUUCACACAGUCCCAAUAAUUUGCUCCCCUCGCCCCACAAACAAAGUUGGAUGGGCAACUUUUUUUAGAGUUUCAGCUUUGUAUAUGGUGGGGGGUGGGGGGAGAGGGAGAACUGCAGGAAAAUUUCAAAAAGAAUGCACUGUUUUAUGAGGGAACCCAGAUGAAAAAUAUGAUUAUUGCAUUACUGUCCCAAGGACUUUUGUCCAUGAUUGUAGCUAUCUCAGUAAUCCUUCUCAUCUCAGUCAUCAUAGUCCUCUUUACAGUCCAGUCACCAGUCAUCCCAAUCAUCCUAAGUAUCCUUAUUAUUUUAGUCAUUGUAGUUAUCCCACCCACCCUAGCUAUUCAUCCUAGUCAACAAAGUCACCACUGUUGAGUCUCUUACCCUAGCAAUCUCAGUCAACCCAUUCAUCCUUAUCAUCCCAGUCUCUGUAGUUAUUGUAGUUAUCCUAGUCAUCUCAAUCAUUCCAAUCAUCCCAGCCACCCUAGUCAUCCCAGUCAUCCUAAUCAACUCAGUCAUCCUAGUCCCCCUAGUCAUCCCAGUCAUCCCAGUCACCCCAUUCAUCCUAGUCACCCCAGUUAUUCUACUUUUCCUUUUCAUCAUAAUCAUCCCUGUCAGCCCUGUUAUCACAGUAAACCAAGUCAUCCUAUUUAUCCUAGUCAUGCCAGUUGUCCUAGUCAUGCCAGUCAUCCUACUUAUCCCAGCCAUCCAAGUCAUCUCAUUAAUAGUUAUCCUAUUCAUCCUUAUCCUGCAAGUCAUCCUGGUCAUUCAAAUAGUCCCAGUCAUCCUCGUCGCCCAUGUUAUUCCAGUCAUCCCAGUGACCCCUGUUAUCCUAGUCAUCCUCUCAUCAUAGUAACCCUAGUCAUCUAAGUCAUCCUAGUUUCCCACUCAUUCCAUUCAUCCUAGUCAUCUUAGUCACCCCAGUGAUCUCAGUCAUCCUAGUCAUCCUAUCUACCUUAUUCAUCCCAGUUGUACCAGACAACCUUGCCAUCUCAGUUAUCUCAUCAUCCUAGUCAUCCAGUUUUUCUAGUUAUCCUUGUCAUCACAGUCAUCCCAGUCACCUAGCUAAGUCAUCCUAAUCAUCCAAGUCACUCCCAUCAUCCGUGUGACCCCAGUUACCUAGUCAUCCCAGUCCUCCUAGACAUCCUGGAAACCCUAGUCAUCCCUGUCAUUCUAGGUAUCCCUGUCAUCACAGUUAUUCCAGUCACCAUAGUCAUCUCAAUUAUCUCAUCACCCCAUUCAUCCUAGUCGCCCCAGUUAUUCUACUUUUCCUUUUCAUCACAAUCAUCCCUGUCACCCCUGUUAUCACAGUAAAUCAAGUCAGCCUAUUCAUUCUAGUGAUGCUAGUUGUCCUAGUCAUGCCAGUCAUCCCAACCAUCCAAGUCAUCUCAUUAAUAGUCAUCCUAAUCAUGCAGGUCAUUCCAGUCAUAUUAGUCAUCCCAGUCAUCCCAGCCAUCCAACUCAUUUAAUCAAUAGUCAUCCUAUUCAUCCUAACCAAGCAAGUCAUCCCAGUCAUCCAAGUCAACUUAUUUUUGCAGAUCACUGGAAAAAUCGCAAAAAUGCAAAAAUUAGAACCUGCAAAAAUUUUGUGCCACACCGUAGUCAUCCUAUCUAUCCUAUUCAUCCCGGUCAUACCAGACACCCUUGUCAUCUCAGUCAUCCUUAUCAUUCAAAUCACUCCUGUCAUCCCUGUCACCCCAGUUAUCCCAGUCAACUCAGUCCAUCUAGUCAUCCCAGUAAUCCCAGUCUUUCCGGUCAUCCCAGUCAUCCCAGCCAUCCCAGUCACUCCAGUCACCCCAGUCACCCUAGUCAACCUCAUAGUUCGCAUGCACCUUGAAAGUCCUUGAAAGUAGUCCUUGGAUUUCAGCGCUUACUUUAUCCAGUCCAGAUUCUCAAGUGCCUAAAAGGAGCAAACACAGAGAGACCUUUCGGAUAAAAAUUAAAAUUGCAGUCAUGUUGUGGAAGAACUAAAAAAGACAUAUACUCAAGGCUAUGAUUGGAAUCCUUGAAGAAUGGGAAAUUUGUCCUUGAAAAGUACUUGAAUUUUUUUUUAUCAAAACAGGAUACGAACCUUACAACCAAGUUAUCCUGGCCAUUCUAGUCAUCCCUGUCAUCCCAGUGACUCCCUGUCAUCCCAGUCAUCUUCUUGUCCUAGUUAUUCCAGUCAUAAUCAUCCCAGUCAUCCUGGUUAUCUCAGUUAUCUCAGUAACCCUAGUCAUCCUAGUGUCCCACUCAUUCCAGUUACCCUAGUCAUCUCAGUCACCCCAGUUAUCCCAGUCAUCCUAGUCAUCCUAGUCAUCUCAGUCAUACCAGACUCCCCAGUCAUCUCAGUUAUCUCAUUGUUGUAGUCAUCCUAGUCACCGACGUUCUUUGACAUAUCCUUUUCAUCACAGUCAUCCCAGUUACCCCUGUCAACAUAGUCAUCCUAGGUAUUCUAGUCAUCCCAGUAAUACUAGUUAUCCUAUUGAUCCUUUUGAUGCAAGUCAUUCCAGCCAUCCUAGUAAUCCCACUUAUCCCAAUCAUCCCAGUCACCCAGUCAUCUCAGUUAUUCUACCUAUCCUUUUCAUCCCAGUCACCCCUGUUAUCAUAAAAAAAAAAAUUAAAAUAAAAUAAAAAAAUUCCUAGUUAUUGGUUAUCGCAGGUAUCGCAGUUAUCCUAGUCAUCACAGUCACCCAAUCAUCCAAGUCCUAGUAUCCUAGUCAUGCCAAUCAUCCUAGUCAUCACAUUCUUCCCAGUCUUCCUAAUCAUCCUAGUCAUCCUAGUCAUC